CAACGGCAGCCCGAGUCCCCCCCCUCACGGCAACGGCAGGGCCGCCAUUGGCAGCUCCCGCCGGGGGAGACCGACGCGCGCACACACACACACACACAGAGAGAGAGAGGGAGGGAAUGAACCGCUUACAUGAGAAAGGCGUUACUAGGCACUUUGAUGCAGAUGGAUAAUUGAAAUUUGGUUUCAACCAUAUAUUCUUAUCAAGUUCGUUUGUUCCAGUGCUUUUGAUUGACUCUAUGCUAUCAACUUAGAUUUCUUCUGUGUUGCUCAAGAUGGAAACCGAAACAAUCCCCAUAUGGCAGAACAAGCCACACGGAUCCACCCGCAGUGUCGUUCGAAUGAUUGGAACAAGUCUUCCUUUGAAACCCUGUCGCAGAGUUUGUUUUGAGCUUGUCCCAGGAUUGUCAGCAGUUGAUUCCUUACAUUCUGUCUAUGGGACUGGACCACCUGUGCCAACUCUGGCAGAUGUUGCCUGGAUCGCUGCAGAUGAAGGAGAAGCUUUCACCAGACUCAGAGCUGACGUCAGACCCUUCAGGGAGGAAUGGCACCCCACCCCAUUGCUGAUAAUGCACAGGAAUUCAUCAGUCCCGAACUUCAGAAGGGAAGGGAGGAGACACGAAACCCUGAAGAAGCCAGGUCUAGCUGCUCUGAACAGAACAGUUGCACUUCAGGAUGAACUUAGCCGUUUACGAGAACAGAUUGCUAAAAUAGUUGCUGUACAGGAGUCUGACGAAGAUGCCACCGAAUCUGCUGCUUUCACACCUGAACUUGGUUCUCCUGAUACUACAAGCAUUGCCUGCUCUUUGCCAGAGUUUGAAUCCGUAUAUCCUUCUCUAGCUUCGUUUACUAUCAAUGAUAUUACAGAGACAGACGAGCCUGAUUGCAUGAGUUUAUCGUCCUUCUCUAUCGCUGGCACCUCAAACUUUGACUUCGAAAAGAAAGAUCUAAAGGAUGAUGAUGAUGAUGAUGGAGAAGUGGUUUCUCUUUCCAAGUCCACGAGCUUCGCAGACAUGAUGGACAUCCUGAAAGACAUGAAUAGGGUUAAGCUACACUCGCUGCAGGGGUCCAAGGGAGACUCACUGAGGGAGAACGACCCGGCGGUGCGCAUAUCAGAAGCCUUGAAACGCAAGUUUACUGUUCAGGACAACGGUAUUUUCUUGAAUGAAAAUUAGAUUUCCACGCAUCAAAUCAUGUCCCUUCCAAAUUCCUGCUAGAUUUGAAACGCAAGGUGGAGUUGGUGGAAAACUGCAGUCAUUUGGAAGGGACUACAGUAUUUAUUCCCAGCCAUUUCAAACGUUCUGUGGGCCUUGCUACAGCAACAGCUGCCAAUAAGCAAAGAGCAUGGGACAAGCAUGGCGUAUUGAACAGGACACUUUCUGCUGCACACUUCUUUGCACAGCAAUAUUUACAGGCAGUGGAGACAAGGUUACACAAAAGGCAAGCUUCUAUUUGUGCCUUGAGUAGUUAAGAAAAAUGUCCCUACCUCAGUUGUUAUCCACUAUUGUUCCAUUACAAAGAAUGGGAGAGGGAUGAAAGACAUGAAUGUCGGAUUGCCAGAUAGCCAGUCCAACAUAUUUUUUUUUGUUUCAGGCAAAAUUGCACUUCACUAAAAUAUUGUCCCAAAUCGAUCCGCACGGUUGUUUGCACAUCAAAUGUAUUGGUGAGAAAUCUACCUUUGAUAACAGGGUUUCCUUGAUCUUAAUUCAGAAACUCUGGCGAAAGCAGGUGUCUCUUUGUUCCUUAUGUUGGGUUCACUUUCAAAUGGAGAUCAAAUAGAGAAAUUGGCUUUUAUGACCCUCUUGCGUUUUGAUCUCUUUCUUCCCGCCCACCCCCAUUCACUCAAAAUGACAUGAAUUAUUUCACUCAUUCACGGUUAUGUUCCCAGAAUGGGGAGAAAAGGAUGUUUUGAUGGUGACGCAAUACCAUGAACAAACUCAAGCAGUUUGGGUGGAAAUGUUUACUUCCUUUGACGAAUGUAACAACUGUCAGUAAGACUGCAUUUUACUUCAAUCUUUAUUGUUUCAACCAUUUCCUUGCAACGUUGAUUAACUUGAGGAUAAAUUCCAAGAUCGCCGAUUCUUAAUUUGAAAGCUUAUUGAGUUAUUUGAGCCUAAGACUAGUUGUGUCAACUGAGCCACUAGUGAGGUUAAUCCACUUAUUACACUGGUUCAAAUCACUUGAUUGCAAAUCUGAAUACCAUUGAUGUUUCUUAUGGUUAUAAUCCUCAAAAUGUGUCGGGAGAUUUUUCUGAUCUUCAUCCUAGUAAUAAUAACCAUUCCUGCAAACUGACCAAACCCCUGUUGUGUCUUGUUCUGGCAAUGCUCUUUGAUAUCUGAUCAGGAACAUUAGCCAAAUAUAUUUGGAGAAUAAAAUCAGUCUGUUACAUUGUCUGAAGAGUUUGCUAAUUUGUUGUAGGUAAGCGCUAGUCUGUAUGAUGGCUAGAGUUGCAUCUUAAGUUUACUGGUACAAUGCAGUCAAUACAAUUGUGAUCAACAUUAACCCAGGUGAAAUACUCAGUUAGUAGCCCAUCAGAACAUAGUUUUCACCAAAUCCAACAACUAGUUCUUCUAACUGAAAAAUGUUUGUUAAAGCAUUGAAAAUAAGCUGCAGUUUAGGUUAGCAGAAAACAUCUGUAAAGUUGGUUAAUUUACACAUUAAUUCUGCAUUGGUGAUAGGUCAUUAUAGUUUUGGGUUCCAAUGCUUCUUCUAAAGCAUUGUGUAUAUAUUCUUUAAAGUGUGUAAACAUUGCUUAUCCCUCUGUCUGACAUAAUUGACAAAUUGAAACUUGGAUCAUUAAAAGUGUUUUGUUCUGAGAAUGCUCUUUAAUAUCUGAUGAAGAACAUUAGCCAAAUAUACGUGAGCAAUUCCUUUUAGAUAUUAACCUGUUAACUUACUGCCAAUAAGCAACGGCCAUCUUGCGAAUUGGCUCACACUUAAACCCGACUGCCUUGUUGGAACUUGUUCAUCACAUCUUGACCAGUUUGCAUCAGAGAGAUGCGCACAGAAAUCUGCCCCAUACUCCGUCUAAUUCCGUUACCUGAAUUGGGUAGAGCAGUGAUCAUGAAUCCUGGAUAAGGACCAGCUUCAGGUAGAGAAAAACAAGUUUGUCUUUGUGCAUGCUCCCUGAGGAGGAAUUUUAGCUUAGCAUUAGGACUUCUGAACUCCCAUUUGUAUAUACUGUAAAAUCAACAGGUUUUCCCAAAUUUAGCAUGGAUUUGAGUUUCGGUCUUCCAAAGCACAGUAGAAUGUUAUUCCGUUAGUUGUUUUGUCAGCCAUGUUAUCUUUCAUCCCAGGAAUCUUUCUCUGAAUUGCUGAAAUUAUUUACACACUUGACAGGUGCUGUUACAGUUUAAUGGGAGAGCCCAUCGCUGGACUGUAAAAAGUCUAAUGAAAUGAAUUCUUUUUUAAAAAAAUACAAUAAUAAUUUGGUCACAAUCCACGACAGUCAAAUCCCUUUACCGUAUAUUCUGUGAAGCGCUUUGAAAUGUCUAGAAGACGUGCAAAGUGCUAUACCAAAUGCAAGGCUUAUUAUUAUUAUCUUUUGGUAUGCCACUGGAUGAUGUGAGUGGAAAAAAAUUAUCAAUUCGCCACUUCCGAUAUUUUUCUCAGCACAGAAAUUGAAUGAAACGUUCAAUUAAAACAAAGUUUCCUUUCUAUUCUAUUUUUAGAAGAUGGAAAAGGAUUACGCUGUAUUACAAUAUAGUAACAGUACGAAUCCUGUUCCAUCAGUAAAAUAUGAAGAAGCUACAGCUUCCAAUGCAAGCUGGCAUUUAGUCCUGGUCAGGAAUAGAUGGUGAUUGAUUCUUCCCAGCAAAUAUAUUGCUUAAAAAAAACCUUGGUGUUCUCAAUAUCUAGCAAUUUGGGGUUAAGUUCUUCAGUGAUGUAUUAUAGAGAUCUUUAACUAAACGAGAACCUACCCUGCACGUUUACUAUAGUUCUUCAGACCUUCCUUUAGAGAGUAAAAGCAAUUCCCAUUUGUUCAUUUACAUUUAAAUAGAGUGAAACUUGGCGAAGGCUAUUUUAUAAAUCUGUUGACGUAAAACUAUUACGCCAUAUGAAAUGACUUGAAAGCAAUAAGGUAUCAGAUUGUUUAUGCAUGAUAGCAGAACUAUUUAUUACAUUUAGAUACAGUAUGUGUAAGUUUUCAACUAAUGGUUUAUUUUAAGUUGGAAUUUUUUGGCUUGUUUCUUUCCCAUACUUUAACCUCAAACUUGUAUCAAUAUAAAUAAAGGCAGAAUAUUCUUGCA